AUGGAGACACGUUCUUGUGGUGGGCGAGCUACCCGCCGUCGUGGUGGAGGUCGUCUUACUGGAGUCAGGAGCCAGGCUCCUGUAGGACAACCUGAGUUGGAAGGAGAAGCUUCUUCAGACGAAGCCUCGGUGGCGGUACGAUCUCAUGCUACCACGGUUCCAGAUGUCCAGGCACGAUCAGAUGCGGCUGUUGGAUCGGGACUGGAUCUUAAAGCUAAGCUUCCCACCCCGGAAGCGGAUGCUUUGGGAGAUCAGCAGGCUGACACACCUGUGCGAGCACCAGACAAUGUGGUAGGAGCCUCAUCUGCGGAGCUCAGGCAGGUGUUGGACACUAUCCAGGCGGUUCAACGUCAGAAUGAACAUUUACAGGCUCAGGUGGAGUACCUUAAUCAAAUGCGUGACUUAAGGCGUGGGCAACGUGUGGACGCUGAGGAUGUGGUGGAUUUUCAGCCCUUCGCGCCCGUAGUCGCCGCAGUUGAGAUUCCAGAGCAUUUGCAAACUCUGACUUUGGACAUGUAUGGGGGGGAUACCGACCCAAUUGAUCAUUUACGGUAUUUUAAUACUAAAAUGGUCAUUGGAGGGGCGACCGAUGUUGUGAAGUGCAGAUUGUUGCCUUCAACAUUUAAGGGCGUGGCCAUGACUUGGUUUAUUAAACAACCUCCAUAUUCCAUCUCCAACUUCACUGAUUUGUCAACCAAGUUUCUAACACAAUUCUCGGCCAAUCAAGCACAAAAGGCGACCCCAGCUGAUCUGUUCAAUAUUCGCCAGCAUGCGGGCGAGCGUAUUAAAACUUACAUGUCUCGAUUUAGUCGAGUGUCAGUGCAGUUAGAGGACGCCAGUCCGGAUGUAUGUGUGGCGGCCUUUAAAAAUGGGCUCAGAUGCGGCUCACUGAACAAAGAUUUAACUAGGCGGCCUGCCAAGGAUAUGAUGGACUUGCGUGCACGGGUACAAGAGUUUAUCUUGGUUGAAUAG